AUGGAAGACACAACUAUGGUUCGUGUGACGACUGAGGCAGGAGACCCGGACUGCCCAGAUGCUCCUUCCAGUUUAAGCGACGGCAACGAGAUGCAGGAGUCGGACUUGAUGUUCAAGCUGGGACUCGUGGAAGAUUGCCAAACCGAGCCCGACUAUGACAACCAGGCAGAAAUCCUUUCCUCAGAACUGGAUGGCGAAAAUACGACACCGGAGAUGCAACAAAUUGAGCCUGGUCAUGCCACUACUCCCAUCGACCCCAUCCCAAGAAGCACCGUUGAUACAGGGUUCGAGAUGGAUGAAGAUGACUACGAAGCUCUGCGGCUCUCUUUGGGAAUACCUAAGCAAUCGGAGGGGUUUUUGAACCCAAGAAAAACCCCAACUGCCAUUCCAAGCCCGGCCACGCCCGGAACACAGAUCGCACGAGAAUCUCAAAUUGCUGACAUGCAUCUGGCAUCUCCGAUUCAGCUCCAUUCUCGACGUCGUCUGCUGACAAGCCGUAGUACAUCGCCAAGCGAGGCACGGAAUGUGUCCGAUAGAUUCCCUAGGCGGCCCCGAAAGCCUGCGUACCAGUUGCUCGAGCAGGAGGCUGCCUCGAUCUUGGGCGAUUGGAACCCGCGCAAGAAUAAGCUCACCUCGGACAUGAAUGAUGUGUCCCACGACGAAAAGAAACCACAAGUGGCAAGCAAGGCCUCUUCAAACCCGCAGCAAAAGCGCACACGAUCUGGGAUUCAAAGCACCUUAUCCACCGCGAACUGGACUGUGGCCCCCAAAGACCGGCUUGAGGUGGUGCUACGGCCUAAACGAAGGACUUGGCUCGCUGCAUAUAAAGAUGUCGAUGGCAUGAGCAAGAGUGCCGCCGAACAGCCAAGAAGAGGUGGUCAUCAUGGAACAGGUCGACGAAGCGUUUUGUCAAGCACACGAACUCAGGCUACCAGCCAGGUUGAGAAGAAGAACGCCGUUAUAUCCAAGAACACUUCAAGUGGCAGACCUAAGAAUGCGAAGCGCAGAGUCAUCGGUGACAGGGUUGGCGUUAUCGGGGUGAGACGAAGUCAGAGAACGAAUGCCGGUAAUCUCGACUCGGCCAAACAUACAACCACUUCUGGCGGCGUUGAGCCAACUAGGAAGGGUGUAGUUGAACCUGGUUCUCGACGGGGCAGAUCAUCGGGUCUACCAAAGCGAAGAGGCCGGCCACCAACCCGCGCCAGGAUGUCAAACAGACGGAAGUAG